AUGAUGUGCGGCACGGAGACCUUCUCCCGCCGUGGAUAAACCCGCGCACACACACACGCACGCGCGCGGUGAGAUGGAGAGGAACGGUACGGAUCUCUGCAGGGGGCGGGAGGGGGGGGUCCGGGGGGGUUCUCCCGCCAUCUCGGCGCUCAUGUUCGCCGCCGGGGUUCUCGGGAACGCGGUCGCGCUCGUGCUGCUGGAGGUGCGGCGGCGCAGGAGGAGGGCUCGGAGCGCGCGCGGUGCCGCUCCCGCCGCCGGUCCCGGUCGGCUGUUCCCGGUGCUGCUCACUGCGCUGCUCGUCACCGACCUGCUGGGCACGUGCUCGGUCAGCCCGCUGGUGAUGGCGGCGUACGCGCGGAACGAGUCCCUGCGCGCGCUGGGCGGGAGUGAGGUCGCGUGCCAGCACUUCGGCUUCGCCAUGACGUUCCUGAGCCUCGUGACGCUCGCGCUGAUGCUGUGCAUGGCGCUCGAGCGCUGCCUCUCCGUGUCCGCGCCCUACUUCUACGCGCGGCGGCUGAACGCGCGCUGCGGGUACGUGGCGCUCGCGCUGGUCUACGCGUCGGGCGCGCUCUUCUGCCUCGCGCCGUUCUUCAGGUUCGGUGAAUACGUGCAGUACUGUCCCGGGACCUGGUGCUUCGUGGACAUGCAAACUUCCCACGUCUACAAGAACCUGUACGCGUCCUGCAUGCUCCUCAUGAUCGCGUGCACCGUGCUCUGCAACGCCUGCGUCAUCUACCAGCUCGUGCAGAUGUACCGGAGGUGCACGGUGCACCGGGGCUCCGCGCGCAGGCUCAGGGACCCCGCGCGGACACGAACCCUCUCCGAGGAGCUCGAGCACCUGGUCCUGCUCGUCUUCAUGACCAUCAGCUUCCUCAUCUGCUCACUUCCGCUCGUGAUCUGUGUGUAUAUCAACUCUGGCAAAACACUAGACCGGACGGCUCUCCUGAUGCUAUCCUGGAACCCCAUCCUCCACCCCUGGGUGUUCCUCCUGCUCAGCCCCCCUGUGCCCCGCCUCUUUUGGGGGGCUGUCUGUAAAAUGCUGAGGCCACGCCCCCUGGACAACAAGCUCCCCAUGUCACCCCGCCUUCCCACACAGCCCAGCUCAGAGCUACAGACAUGAGGAACUUCUGGAUAAACCUGCAGAUAAGACACGGGGUACACACACACACACCAGAGUUCUUUGGGAACAAGUGUGUAUGUGUGUGUGAGAGCCCGGAGCCACACAGCCGGAUGAGGGAAGGCGCCUGCGCCGGACCGCUAAUGUUCUGAUCACGUCAACAGCGUGGUGCUGAGGAGUAAAUAAAUAAAUAACACAGUAAUAAAUAAAUAAUCAAUCAAAAGAUGAGUGUGAAGAAGCUAACACAUCUGGAGCUUAAUAAAGGUUUGUUAAUCACACUGUAGAGAAUCACAGACAGGAGGCGUGGCUUUCAAUAGCGGGGCUUCAGUAGGGGCGUGGCUUAGAGGUGCGCCUCCAGUCAGUACAGCUGUUAGGGUUUGAUGACUGAGAGUGAAAGAAAUAAAUCAUUUAUUAUGGAGUGAAAAACAGAAAACUGUAAAACUGAUACUGAGCUACAGUUUACAAUAUUAUUUUAUUAUUAUUAUUAUUUAUUUACUGGUUUACUGUGCUGUUAAGUCCUAUGGACAUUGUGUGUGUGUGUGUAUUGUUUUAUUUUAUUUAUGACCACUUUUUAUGCUAAUAAUGAAAGCUAGGUGUUAUAGAUGUGUUAGUGAAGCUGAAUAAGCUGCCCUCCUGACACUGAGCCUCAUCCAUCACUCCGUACAGAUUUAUAACUCCAGAUAUGAAUGUUUAUUUCUCAUGAAUGUUUGUUUAUUAACUAUUGUUAUCAACUCGCCUUUAAUUACUGAGAUGAUUUACAUUUAGCCACACCCACAAACUUUAUAACUGCUAAUGGAGAGACGGAAACCUCCAUGAUUUACAGGGUGCCAAUAGUUUUGUUCUCAUUGAGAGGACUCGUUUUGGUAUUCUUUUUAUUCAGGGCAUUAGUGAGAAACGGAAAAGCGUGGACGGAGUCGUGUAGUCAGUGGGAGAAAGCAUUAACAGACUGUACAUUUACCAGGAUAUGAUGUCCUAUAGUAAUAAAUAACAUCCUGACACUGAUUUACCUGUAAAGUUUCAGUGAUAAACAAGGCUGUGAUGUGUUUAAUAAAACUUUACCGAGCGUCAGGGUUUCAGCUUCGUCAGUCUGAGCAUGUGUUCACUGUAAACUGGUUUUAUUAAAGUAUUGAUCUGAGUGUGUUCUGUGUUCUACAUUAAAAUGGAUAUGAAAUGUUUAUUUUUCA